AUGGUGGCCCAGAAGUUUAUCUUGACCAGUGCCAUGGCCGCGACCGUCAUGGCCGGCACCAUGGGAGAGAAGCCAAUCAUAUUUGGAUGCGGAACUCCGCAGCCGCCGGAAGAGGCCAUGAACUAUAGAAGUUCCAAUACGAACCCGGGUCUUAGGAAGCGGCAGACGCCGCCUACUUCGGGGAACUCUUCAGUUGUUACCCUCGGCAUCCACUACAUUGUCUGCUGCCCCGGCGGCAAAUGCCAAGCAUCCGAGGCACAGUUGGACAAGCAGACCGAGUUGACAAACGAGCACUUCAAAGGCUCCGGCAUUAAACUAGAAAAAAAACAGAAAGCCACACCGAUGGACGGGAACUGUGAUAACAUUAGCAUUCAGUCUCCGGAAACUUCCACGGGCGGCCCACAGGGGCCAAUCGGUCCAGGCGGUGGUCCAGGCGUCACGGGCGGCUCUGGAGAUCCAGGCCUCGGUCGACGCCAGAUCGUAGACCCCGAUGGCAAUGGACUAGGCCCCGAUGGCAAUGGACUAGGCCCCGGUGGCAAUGGACUAGGCCCCGGUGGCAAUGGACUAGGCCCCGGCGGCAAUGGACUAGGCCCCGGUGGCCCGUCGCGUGGUUCGUCACCGUGGAUGGACGUCAUCAACCAGUACCGCCAAGGCGACGUGGACACAAUCCAGAUGCUCAUUGUGGGCAAACAGAGUGGUAACACAAGGGGGGUAUGCAUGCUGCCGAUGCCGAAUCAGGGCAUCGACCCGAACAACGAUGGCUGCGCCGUCGAUGUCACGGCGCUUCCGGUCAUCGAAGACAAUUCCUUGGUUGGCAGGGUGAAACGCCUCGUAGGUCGCGCCACGACUGGAACAAGUGACAGUCGCAUCGCCACCCAUGAGAUCGCUCACGGACUUGGCCUGCCGCACCCCUUCACCGAAGGCUUGGGCGAGAAGGACCUCAAUCGGAGGCAGCUCGGAGGUCAGGGGGGACCACCUACUUGCUCCAACAACGAUCACUUCAGCGACACUGAGCCGCAGGCAGGGCCGACGAUAGGCUGCCCAGACGAGGAUGGGGGCGCCAACCCGGGAGGGCCGGGAGGGCCGGGAGGGCCACGGGGAGGGCAAGCUAGAAGGCUGUUCGGGAGGGCAAUGGGAGUCCUCUUCAACAGACAGGCCAAAUCGACUAACGGCAACGAAAAGACCGAGCAGGAUGGCACGGGCGAAAAAGUCGAUGCCGGAACCGGGGAACAAGUCGGCGGUUGCGUGCGGGGAGCCAACCAGCACAAUGUCAUGGACUACUCGACCUGCUCGGUGAAGGGCUUCAGCCCCCAGCAGUCGAAGCACAUGAAUGCGGUUGCCAAGUAUCGCCUUGGAGAGGAGGAUACUAUGCCCGUGUUUCCCGUCGUCACCAGCCAAAGGUCUAUGCAGCUAGAGUCUCCGGCCGGCUCUAAACCUCAGGGUUCAGACGGAAGCACCAAGACGCCAAAAAGCUCCCCGACUUCAAAGAAGCCCAACCCUCUAGGCGGAGGCUCCCAGGAUCCAACAGGAGGUUCCCAGGGUUCAGACGGAAGCACCAAGACGCCAAAAAGCUCACCGACUUCAAAGAAGCCCAACCCUCUAGGCGGAGGCUCCCAGGGUCCAACAGGAGGUUCCCAGGGUUCAGACGGAAGCACCAAGACGCCAAAAAGCUCCCCGACUUCAAAGAAGCCCAACCCUCUAGGCGGAGACUCCCAGGGUACAGCAGGAGGUUCCCAGGGUUCAGACAGAAGCCUCCAGGUUCCCGGCCGACCUCCGAUUCCAGAUCAAGACCCCGACACAAACCAGGGCGUCAACUUCCCGCCCUCCCUCAACUCCCCUCCCCAGCCCAAGUUCCCUGAUUCCUCGUCCGAGUCCGGUGGAUCUCAAAAUAUCCCUGUGCCUCCCGUCGAGAUUGGCGGUGGUGAAGAUUAG